AUGGAAGCUGUCAAGAGAGGAACAUGUGCUGUCGGUGUAAAAGGAAAGGAUGUCGUUGUGCUAGGAUGCGAGAAACGGUCCGCUCUGAAACUCCAAGAUACCCGCAUCACACCUUCGAAAAUCGCCGUCCUUGACAACCACGCCGUCCUCGCCUUCGCUGGUUUAAAUGCCGAUGCUCGAAUCCUUAUUGAUAAAGCUCGGUUAGAAGCUCAGUCGCACCGCUUGACUGUCGAAGACCCCGUCAGCAUCGAAUACAUCACCAAAUACAUUGCCAGUGUGCAGCAGAAAUACACGCAGAGUGGAGGUGUCCGACCCUUCGGUAUCAGUACCCUCGUUGUUGGCUUCGACCCGAAUGAUCAGACGCCGAGACUAUACCUGACGGAGCCAUCGGGUAUCUAUUCUGCCUGGAAAGCGAAUGCCAUUGGUCGUUCCAGCAAGACCGUCCGCGAGUUCCUCGAACGCAACCACCAGGAUGAUAUGGACCAAGAGCAGACGAUUCAGCUUACGAUCAAGUCGCUGCUCGAGGUGGUGCAGACUGGUGCCAAGAACAUCGAAGUUGCCAUAAUGCUACCUGGUAAAACAAUCCAGAUGCUGCCAGACGACCAGAUCGAGUCUUAUGUGAAGAGCAUAGAGACGGAGAAGCAGGAGGAGGCAGCGAAGAAGAAGACGGGUCGCGGCGGCACUACUACGGCAGCUAUCCUGACACGGUCCGGCGGUGGGGAGUCCAGCGAGACCCGGGAGUAG